AUGGUCCUCUCUAGUCACUGCAGAGACAGGCUGAGAAGCACUGGGUGUCUCUAAUAGUUGAUGGUCCUCUCUAGUCACUGCAGAGACAGGCUGAGAAGCACUGGGUGUCUCUAAUAGUUGAUGGUCCUCUCUAGUCACUGCAGAGACAGGCUGAGAAGCACUGGGUGUCUCUAAUAGUUUUUCUGGCAGCCUUCCGUUACACACAGGCGUUCUGAGCAUGCUAGAUAGCUAAUUAGCACAGGUGGUCUCCUCUGUGUUAUGUAAACACCGUUGUAACCUGGAGAGAUGGCUGUGUGGGAACACUAACCUUAUAAUAGAGCCCCACAGUGGAGGUGUCAUAAUACCCAUAAAACCUAGCGGUCAAACAGGGAAAUGGUUCCAAUCAUUUUUCCACCAUUCAUUUUUCCCAUUGGGGAUUUUAGAAACACUUAAAAUAAGGGCUGUGUUUCGUGUAGUUUUACCCUGGGGUGAUGUUUUGAUAACCAUGUAAAUCUCUCUCGGACAAGGUGACUUUUAUCAAUAUAUUCGGCUGUAUUUACUCUCAGAUUCAAAAACGCUAAUUAGCGUCAAAGUAGACAUCAUGCAGAACUACAAAUCCCUGCAAGCUCCUGCACGUCAUCUCUAGCUGACACCUUUGCUAACAGGUAUUGUGUCAAUUUAAAACUUGCACAAGACAGUUCACAGAAUUGUCAAUUGAAAGAAAUGUAGCUAAUCUAUUCAUUACUACACUUAGCCAACAGUUAAUCCUGAGAUUCUUACCUUUGCCUCGAUUCGGUAGUCUCUUCCAGAUCAUCAUGGCAUUUGUAGUUCUUAAUGAUAGCUACAUUAGCAUUUCAUUUGGGGGAUAAAUACGGGCAAAUAUAUUGACAAGUCACAUUGUCCUAGAGAGAUUUACAUGGUUAUCAAAACGUCACUCCAGGGUAAGCCUACACGAAACACAGCCCUAAUUUUAAGUGUUUCUAAAAACCCCUAUGGGAAAAAUGAUUGGAACCAUUUCCUUGUUUGACUGCUAGGUUUUAUGACUCAUACUGUGGUACACUAUUGAACCUUUUGCUUUUUGCAAAUUAUUUCUCGCUGACAUAAAAGAUAAGUUCCUUGUUUCCAAAACCUAGAGCAAGCUAUGCUUGUUCACGUUCAGACCGAGCGUCGGGCUCGGGGUUUCUUAACAAAAUUCCCCCGGAAAGAUGUUACCUUCAUCAAUAGGCGCUAAAGGUAAUUAGCGUGUAUGAAUGGAGUAACGCUACAUUAGCUCUGGACACAUCUCCACAAAGCAUCAGAGUCGCAGUUCUGAUCUAGGAUCUGUCCAUAUAAUCUUAUUAACCAAACUGAUCCUGGAUCAGAACUCCUCCUCUGAGAUGAUGUAGUAUCUGAACUUCUAUAACUUUGGCUGAGGUUUUCAUAUUGGGGGUUAGACGAACUUUACUCUGCUCUGCUGAAACAUCUGGAAAGUGUUACUAUAGGGGCCCCCUAAAACAGAAGCUGUAGGAUGUGUUAAAUUUAAGUGUUAUUUCAUAGUUUUGAUGUCUUCACUAUUAUUCUACAAUGUAGAAAAUAGUAAAAAUAAAGAAACCCUUGAGUGAGUAGGUGUGUCCAAACCUUUGACCUGUAGUGUAGGUGUAGUUCUACAGUGUUGAUAGGACGGUGUGUCCUAACCUUUGACCUGUAGUGUAGGUGUAGUUCUACGGUGUUGAUAGGACGGUGUGUUCUACGGUGUUGAUAGGACGGUGUAGUUCUACGGUGUUGAUAGGACGGUGUGUCCUAACCUUUGACCUGUAGGUGUAGUUCUACGGUGUUGAUAGGACGGUGUGUUUUCCAGAGAAGGUCCGGAGGCUGCUGGAGGAUCUGUGGCUGUGUGUAGAUCCUCCCUCAUCACACCUCCCUGGUAUGUAUUCAGGACGCAUUGUGAUGAUGACAUAAAGGACUACAACAGACCAGAACGUCAUCAUAUCGCUCUGUCUGUCUCUCCCACAGGCCGUGGACCCAGCAGGAACAGUGACCCCGGCCAUGGACCCAGCAGGAAUGGUGACCAGCCAGUCCAUGGACCCAGAAGGAACAGUGACCCGGGCCAUGGACCCAACAGGAUCAGUGACCCGGGCCAUGGACCCAGCAGGAACAGUGACCCGGGCCAUGGACCCAGCAGGAACGGUGACCAGCCAGUCCAUGGACCCAGCAGGAUCAGUGACCCGGGCCAUGGACCCAGCAGGAUCAGUGACCCGGGCCAUGGACCCAGCAGGAUCAGUGACCCGGGCCAUGGACCCAGCAGGAUCAGUGACCCGGGCCAUGGACCCAGCAGGAUCAGUGACCCGGGCCAUGGACCCAGCAGGAUCAGUGACCCGGGCCAUGGACCCAGCAGGAUCAGUGACCCGGGCCAUGGACCCAGCUGGAACAGUAACCCGGGCCAUGGACCCAGCUGGAACAGUGACCCGGGCCAUGGACCCAGCAGGAUCAGUGACCCGGGCCGUAAACAUAGAAGAGCGGUUGAGGAGAUCCUGGACUGGUUCAAGCCGCUGCCCCCUGUCCUCUCCCCCAUACCCUGCUCCUCAGCUCAGGAGAGGUUGGAUGAUGUCUUGGAGUUAGGAGCUGGAGAGACCAGAAACCACUCUAUCUACACCACAGGACCAGCUAAUCAGACAGCAGGACAGCAACCUGAACCAGCCAAUCAGAUGGCCCUUAGGUUGGCAGGACAACAGCCUGCAGACUCCUCAGCAGAACUAACUCAUUCUACUCCUAGAGAAAGCCCUGAUCUGGCCACAGGGACCUCGGUAGAGAGAGAGAGGAACAGCGUGGCUGUCUCUCCCAGUCAUCCAAACAGAAAGACUGGUCUCCCCCAGUCGUCCUACAGAAGGACUGGUCUCCCCCAGUCGUCCUACAGAAGGACUGGUCUCCCCCAGUCGUCCUACAGAAGGACUGGUCUCCCCCAGUCGUCCUACAGAAGGACUGGUCUCCCCCAGUCGUCCUACAGAAGGACUGGUCUCCCCCAGUUGUCCUACAGAAGGACUGGUCUCCCCCAGUCGUCCUACAGAAGGACUGGUCUCCCCCAGUCUUCCUACAGAAGGACUGGUCUCCCCCAGUCGACCUACAGAAGGACUGGUCUCCCCCAGUCGUCCUACAGAAGGACUGGUCUCCCCCAGUCGUCCUACAGAAGGACUGGUCUCCCCCAGUCGUCCUACAGAAGGACUGGUCUCCCCCAGUCGUCCUACAGAAGGACUGA